CGUGCUCCUCUCCCUUCCUCUCUGUCUGUCAGUGUCAUUCUGGAGUGGAGAUGUGGAGUGUCUUUCUGUCUCUCUGCCUUUUUUUUCAGCCUAAUUCAGCUGAGGAAGUGAUGCUGCUGGACACAACAGAAACUACCUCAGAGCUGGGCUGGACCACCUAUCCGGACACUGGGUGGGACGAGGUCAGCGUCCUCGAUGACCGGGGGAAGCUCAUACGGACCUUUGAGGUCUGUAAUGUCAAUCAGAAUCCCCGUCAGCAGGACAACUGGCUGGCAACACCUUUCCUCUAUCGUCAAUCAGCGCCACGGAUGUUUGUGACAUUGCGCUUCUCUGUGCGCGACUGUGCCAGCCUGCGCACCCCGUUGCCCACCUGUCGCGAAACGCUCACCCUGUACUACAAGCAGGCCGACUCGCAGAGGGAGCUGAUGAGGACCUGGGUCGCAGAGCCAUCUAGCGGCGAGAAAGAGACGAGGGAGGGUUGGGUGAAGAUCGACACGAUUGCUGCUGAUAAGAGCUUCUCCAAAGUGGAGCCCAGUUCACCUCACCAGUAUCAGCCAAACCGUUACAGUCGCAUCAAUGUUAAAUCACGAAGCUUUGCUCCUCUCACACGUAACGGGUUUGUCUUGGCAAUCGUCGACAGUGGAGCUUGUGUUUCCCUCAUGGGUGUCUCCAUCUUCUACCGGCGAUGUCCAGCCACCAGCCUCCACUUGGCGUCCUACCCAGCAACUCCCUCAGGUGCGGAGCCAACCGCUUUAGUGCCCGUGACGGGGACAUGUGUCCCACACAGUAAAGCGCAGGGUGGAGCACCCCCUCGCAUGCACUGCAACGCUGAAGGCGAGUGGAUGGUGCCUGUUGGUGGAUGUGUCUGUGACAAAGGAUUUGAGCCAAACGUCAAUGGAUCCGCCUGCCUGGCUUGUCCCGUGGGCUACUUCAAGCCUGUUUCUGGCUCCGACCCCUGCACCGUGUGUCCGCCCAACAGCAGAACCAGCCAGGAGGGAUCCAGUGUGUGCGAAUGUCGCAGCGGCUUUUAUCGGGCAGCCAAUGAUGCCAACUCUUCCGCCUGCACAACUCCUCCUUCUUCUCCAGUCUCUCUGACAUGGGAGUAUGAAAGUGGCGAUGGUGGGGUCUCCCUAAGGUGGCGUCCUCCGGUGGACAUGGGAGGCCGCAGUGAAGUGUGGUACGGAGUGGUUUGUCGCAUUUGCCCGUCGCCCACCUUCAGCAACCCGGCCGCGUGCUCCUGGUGUGGGGAAGGGGUCACCUUCAGCCCAUCACAGACCAACCUGAAACAGACUAAAGUAACCCUCAACAACCUGCUGACCAGGGUCACUUAUCUCAUACAGGUGCAAGCCAUGAAUGAGGUGUCAUCUUUGAGUCCCUUUCCGGCUCGAUACACAAGCAUCAAUUUUACCACCAGCCAGUCAGUUCCCAGCACAGUUCCCAUGUUACACCAGCUGAGCCGAGCUCCAGUCUCCAUCACGCUCUCAUGGCCUCAGCCCGAUCGACCCAAUGGAGACAUCCUGGAGUACCAACUCCGAUAUUAUGACAAGGGUUCAGACGUAGACGGUGCAAUGACGGUGUACAGCGAGACCAACACAGUGACCGUCAACUCCCUGAUUCCCGGUUCCAUCUAUGCCUUCCAGAUCCGAGCUCGAAAUGAGAGAGGCUACGGUCCAUACAGCAACACCAUUUACUUCACAACGCUGCCGCUCGAGGAGCAUUCACAGCAGAUCCAGAACCGACUUCCUCUGCUCGUUGGCUCGGUGAUGGGCGGGGCAGCGUUUCUCCUCGUGGUGGCAGCAAUCGUUGUCGUUGUUGUAUUUCGCAGCAAGAGGAGAGAGAGUCCUUACAGCGACAGGCUUCAGAGGUACAUCAGCAACCGGGGCGGUGUUAAGUAUUAUGUGGACCCUUCUACAUAUGAAGACCCCAGUGAGGCGGUUAAAGAAUUUGCCCGUGAAAUAGAUCCUUCUCACAUCAAGAUUGAGGAAGUGAUUGGUGCAGCCCAGUUCGGUGAAGUGUCUCGUGGACGGUACCGUCCUGUGGGCCGCAGGGAAGUGCUGGUGGCUGUGAAGACUCUUCGCUGGGGGGCAUCUGACAGAGAGAGGGGGAUAUUUCUCAGUGAAGCUGGGGUCCUGGGACAAUUUGACCAUCCCAACGUGCUGAAGUUGGAAGGGGUUGUCACGCAAACCCCUCCGGAAAGGAUAAUCACUGAGUUUAUGGAGAACGGGCCCCUGGAUGCUUUCCUCAGGGAGAACGAAGGUCAGUUCAGUGUCCUGCAGCUUGUGGGGAUGCUUAGGGGAGUCGGUGCCGGGAUGCGGUAUCUCUCUGAAAGAAACUUCGUUCACAGAGACCUGGCUGCCAGAAACGUGUUGGUGAACUCCAACUUGGUGUGCAAAGUUUCGGACUUCGGCCUCUCCAGACUCAUGAGGGGUCUAGACCACAACGUACCCACAUACACUGCUUCUCUGGGCAGUAAGAUUCCUGUGAGGUGGACCGCACCAGAGGCUUUUCAACAUCGAAAGUUCAGCACAGCCAGUGACGUCUGGAGCUUCGGCAUACUGAUGUGGGAAGUGAUGUCCUACGGAGAGCGCCCAUACUGGGACAUGAGCAAUCAAGAGGUGAUGAAGGCGGUAGCAGAUCAGUAUCGGCUCCCUCCACCUCACAGCUGCCCCCCUGCCCUCCACUCCGUGAUGCUUCAGUGCUGGCAGGCCGAACGAGGAGACCGGCCAGGCUUCGACCAGCUCCUCUCCUCUUUGGAUCGGCUAAUCAGGCACCCUGCCUCCCUCAAGGCCGAGCCAACUCGGAGCUGCUCGCAACCACUGCUCAGCCCAACCCCAAUAGACUUAACGUCAGUGGCGACUGUCGGCGAGUGGUUGAAAGCGCUGAGGAUGGACAAAUAUCAGGAAGAGUUUGAUCGAGCAAACAUAGACACAUUAGACAGAGUCAGCAGACUCACUGUGGAAGAUGUCCAGAACCUCGGUGUGAACCUGUUGGGACAUCAGAGGAAAAUUGUCAGCGCAGCCCAGCAGCUCAGGUCCCACCUGACGCAGGGCCAGGUGGAGGUCUGAGAAUCCAACUGCAGUACAAUCUGUUCCAGUUUUCACCUCCCUCUGCUUGUUGCGUCUGGUUCUGCAACACUUUUGAUUUCAUGGGGGCACUUUUUAAACCAAAACCAAAAAAGAGAAUCCGCUAAAAGCGACACUCUGAAGUGUAUAUUCUUAUAAACCCAAUACACCACAGUAACAGAACUCCCUCCCACCAAAUGACAGAAGAAAGGUGCACCAUGGGAGCUGAAGUCCAGGUCAAGCUGGAUACUGGAAAUAUCUGAGAAGAAGGACUUUAAAGAUUUUUUUGUGCUUUUCACUAGUCUUUACUUCAUUGUUCUUUGCCCUUUUUCUCUCCUCCUUGAUGAUUCCAUCCCAUUUCACCCCAUCCAAACUAAGUUAAACAACAAAGAAAGUUUUUCUUAAAAAAAGAAACUCAAGGAGAUCUUUUCUCACAAAGAAUUGCGUGAAGACAAUCAAAGCCUUUGUUUUUUAGUUAUUUGUGAAUCUUCACUUCCUCUCUACUUAAACAACCAAACUACCUAGCAGCGUACGGUGGCAAAAAGAUCCUACUGUUUGCUUUUAGAAACGUGUAAAGUUUGUUCAGAGUUCAAGCAAAAGUGCGAUAAACCACCAGUCCAAAUUCAGUCAAAAAUGUUUUUGUAUGAACACUCUAAGCCAUGUUGUAUCCCUUUAAAAAGGCACAUCCAGGGUCUAAAAGCAGCUCCUUUCUUACGGUCCACUCUCACCGUGGCCCUCCUGGGUGACAGCAGAGCUCCCACACUGUAAAAUUUCCCCGGAGCUGUGACAGAAACACAAGCCAGCAGCACUGUACGUGUACAUUUCACACUUCACCUGUGUUGCGUUUGAUUGGCUGAGUAAAGACAGAGUCACUGAAGCAUGGUGAAUGUGAGAAAUGGGAAAUAUGGACAAAAUCUGAUCUGAUUUACACCUGGAGAGAGCAAAAUGCUUUGUGGCAGUUUGACAGGAGCAUGUGUGUGUGUGUGUGUGUGUGUGUGUGUGCGUGUGUGCGUUUGUGCGCGUGUGUGUGUGUUGUACGAGAGGCUGUGGUGUGUCCACCAGGAGUUUUGCUGUAACAUGAGUGUGCACGUUUGAUUGGGUGUGUGUGUGUGUGGAGAUGUUAGAGACGAGUGUGUCAGCCUACACACACUUCUAGUUUAUUUGUACGAGGCUUCACCACUAUUCUGUAAUUGUGCAAAUUUGUAAAAUAAAUAUGAUUUUAUUUAA